AUGAUGAAUCAAGGAGUUAACGCCCAGACUGUUGCAGCCGCGGACCCUAACUCGCUUGAGAGCAGAUAUGCAAUUAAUGCAAGCCAAGGGCAGGCACAGUCAUAUCUUCCCUCAGCACCUGGGUCUGAGGCUGCUUCACGGACAGUGCACAAGGUAGAGGGUUAUCCCUCACAGGAUGGAGUGCCAGCAAACGCCAGUUAUCAACAUGUUCAACAGCCAGAGCCACACACACAAAAUGUUCAGGAUGGCUCAUAUGUGGCCCCCCUUUCUAGUUCCUCGAGUACGGGAACUGCUAGUGCACCACAAGACUACAAUAGUUAUACAUCAUACUCAAAUACCACAGAUCCUUACAGUGCAUAUUCAGGAUACUACAAUGGCUAUCAGCAACAAACUAACAAUCAAUACUCUCAGCAGCAACCCAACCCCUCGUACUCUCAGCCGGUAGAAGCAUAUCAAAAUACAGGUGCUGCUUAUCAGCCUAAUUCCUCAUUUCAGAAUACUGGGUCUUAUGCUGGGACUGCAUCUUAUUCAACCACUUACUACAAUCCUGGUAAUUAUCAGACAUCUGGAGGUUACCCAAGCAGUGGAUACAAUAAUCAGCCAACCGCUUGGAACAAUGGAAGUUAUGCCAAUUAUACAUCCUACCAGUAUCCAAAUUACACUUCAGAUACUUCAAGUGCCUAUAGUUCUGUUUCAGCGCCUGCAACUUAUCAGCAGCAAUAUAAGCAUUGGCCAGAGUAUUACAGUCAAACAGAAGUUACAUGUGCACCGGGAACAGAACACUUGUCUGCUGCUAGUAACAGCAACCAUGGAAGUUCACUUCCUAGUGUCUCUGGUGGGUACCCUACACCUACCAACCAGAUUCAGCCUCAGUCACUGCCUCCGCCUCCACCCCUACCCCCUCCGUCCCUUACCUCUACUUGGAGGCCAGAAACCAGUUCAUCUGAACUGCCUUCCAUGCAGCCUGGAGGAGCAGCCAGUGGUGCUCCUAAUAAUUACUGGAACCAGCCGGCUCCAAGUUUUCAAACUCAUCUUGCUGCUCCUACUCAGCCAAUAUAUCAAAACUCUUUGGACUCAAAAACUUCUUAUGAAAAUUUUCAGGAACUAAAGACUGCUCCUCAAGGAUUAAAUUCCCAAUAUCCUGUUGUUCAUCAGGUGUCCCAGAAUUAUCAAUCAACUUUACCAACUGUUCCAUCAUUUGAUGCGCGAAGGGUAAGCAAAUUGCAGAUUCCAACAAAUCCUAGAAUUGCUUCGAAUGCAGCUCUUGGCAUAGCAAAAACAGAAAAGGACAGUUAUGCGGCCAAUUCAGCUCCGAAGCCGGCUUAUAUUAGUGUUUCUGUACAAAAGCCAAAUGACAAGAUGUCGCCAAAUAAUGCUGCUGAUCCUAUGCUGAAGCCUACCAUGCUCCCGAAGUCAUUACGUGGGUAUGUUGAAAGGGCUUUUGGGAGAUAUAAAGAUGAUGAUGCUAAAAGGGCAGCUUGUGAAGCAUAUAUGAAGGAUAUCAUCACUGAAGCACGUGCUGAUGGUACACUUUAUACUAGAGAUUGGGAUAGUGAGCCUCUUUUCACAGUACCAGACUCUCUUUCCAUCAGCAAGGCAAAUAUACAAACUCCAACUCAUGCUUCAAUACCAAAUUAUAAUAAGUGUCCAGUCAGACGGUCUAAAAGCAGAUGGGAGCCUUUGGCCGAAGAGAAAAUGUUGGAAAAACCUGUUUCUGCCAGUAAUGAGAUUGGAAAAUAUGGUAGCUGGGACAGAAAGACUUUCAGUGGGUACUCUGCUACCAAGGAUAAUUCUCUCAGUAGUUUCAGAUUUUCUGGAUCACAGCAGAGAACUCCUAGCAAAAGUGCCCAGAGGCCCAUGAAAAGGCAACGCAUCGUAAAUGGUACUGGUUUAACUAACAAUGAUGAUGAUGCAUCAAGUGACAGUGACAAGGAGCAAAGUUUGACAGCAUAUUAUUCUGGUGCAAUGGCAUUGGCUAACAACCCAGAGGAAAAAAAGAGACGAGAAAGUCGAUCUAAGCGUUUUGAUAGAGGGCAAGGGCAUCGCCCGGACAUCAAUUAUUUCAAACCAAAAAAUGCUGGUCCAGCAAACUUGUAUACCAGAAGAGCUAGUGCCUUGAUGCUUAGUAAGAGCUUUGAUGAUAGUGCAAACCAAGCUGUUGAAGACAUUGAUUGGGAUGCACUCACUGUUAAAGGAACAUGUCAGGAAAUUGAAAAACGCUUUUUGCGUCUCACUUCUGCACCUGACCCCUCCACUGUGAGACCAGAAGAUGUACUAGAGAAAGCUUUGUUAAUGGUUCAAAAUUCUGAAAAGAACUACCUUUAUAAGUGCGAUCAGUUGAAAUCCAUCCGUCAGGAUAUUACUGUACAGAGGAUAAGGAAUCAGUUAACUGUUAAGGUAUAUGAAACACAUGCAAGACUAGCAAUGGAAGUUGGUGACUUGGCUGAGUAUAAUCAGUGUCAGUCACAGUUACAGAUCCUCUACUCAGAAGGAAUUGAGGGCUGCCUCAUGGAGUUCGCAGCUUACAACUUGCUUUGUGUUAUCUUGCACUCUAAUAACAAAAAGGAUCUUUUGACGUCAAUGUCAAGAUUAACCCCAGAAGCAAAGGAGGAGGAUGCGGUGAAACAUGCUCUUGCAGUUCGUGCUGCUGUCACUUCUGGAAAUUAUGUUACUUUUUUCAGACUGUACAAGUCGGCUCCCAACUUAAACACUUGUUUGAUGGAUCUUUAUGUUGAAAAGAUGCGGUACAAGGCUGCAGUCUGCAUGUCCAAGUCAUAUCGCCCCACGGUUCCCAUUUCAUAUAUUGCGCAAAUCUUGGGAUUCUCUAAUGCUGCGGAUGGAAAUGGGGAGCAGGAGUUGAGCGGGUUGGACGAGUGCUUAGAAUGGUUGAAGGCACAUGGUGCUAGCCUGAUCACAGACAACACGGGGGAGAUGCAACUUGAUGCGAAGGCAUCUUCUUCCACCCUGUACAUGCCCGAGCCUGAAGAUGCGGUUGCUCAUGGAGACUCUAGCCUUGCUGUCAACGAUUUCCUGGCUCGGACCUCAUAA